AUGAUUCUUGAAAUAGAUGAUGAAACAAUCAGCUUUAAGGUGCUUCGGUUAGCUGUUAUCAGUCCAACUCUUCACAGACAAUGGCAUAUGAAGUACACAAUAAAAAGCCCUUCGUUUGUCAUAUUUUCUGGAGGUUCUGCUUGCAACCACAUUAUCCGAGCAUUUCAUGAAUCGCCCGGUCAAGAUGUAUCAUAUGUUUUGGGAGUGUCUGACAACGGCGGUUCCACAAGCGAGCUAUUGAGAGUAUUAGGUGGGCCAAGUAUUGGCGACCUGCGUUCUCGGCUUCUCAAGAUGAUGGACCUUGUAAGCGAUCAACCAUGCGUUGAGCGCACAGCCAUCAAAGAACUCUUGUCCUACAGACUUCCUUCAAAUAUACCCGAUCACCUCGUGAAAGAUGAAUGGACAAGCAUUGUAGAAGGACGCCACACGCAAAAAGAAACAAUUCGUGGGUUCCUCACUCUAUUCAACUUUGAAAUCCUCAAGCGUGCCCACAAACAAUUUAACUUUUGCAACGGAAGCAUCGGCAAUUUCUUUCUCACGGGUGCCCGUCUCUUCCUUGGUUCCCUAGAAGCAGCAAUCUUCCUCUUGUCAGCGAUUACGGGAAUUCAGUCUGAUAGAGCCAGUAUAGUUCCUGUCAUCAACACCAAUCACACUGUCACCAUUGCAGCCUUGCUGGCAGACGGAGGCACACUUGUCGGCCAAUGUGAAAUAUCACACCCUCCCAACAAUCCUGCACCAGAUACGCCCGGUGGACGACGAAAGAAGUACCGAACAAACCCAAUCGAUGCAUUUUCCUGCCUUUCCGAGGAAGAAGAGAUGUACAGGAUGAAUGUGGCCAACACAAACCUCGUGUUUUCAAAAUUCGCAGACGAAAAAUUAGAGUCUCCCAUCAAACGCAUCUUUUACAUGAACGACUAUGGACAGGAGAUUUACCCCAUUCCCAAUCCAAAAGUCAUUUCUCAGCUCUCGACAAAGGAGACCCUGGUGUACUCCAUCGGCUCUCUCUACACCUCUGUCUUGCCCUGUCUAGUCCUGCGUCAUGUAGGCAAUGCUAUUGCGCAGUCGUCCUCGUUAAAGCACAAGAUAUUGCUUCUCAAUGGGUCCAAUGACCGCGAGACAAGCGAUUACAGCGCUUUGGAUUUCAUAUCAGCAAUCACAAACGGGCUUAACGAAAGUAAGAAGAUAGACUGUCGACGUGCAUUCUACCAAUCCUGCGACGAGGAGCCUGAUCUACUACUCGAGUCUCCUCUGGUUCUCCCCUCAAGCAGCUACUGUAGUGUGAGCAGCAGCAGCAGCAGCAAUAGCACAACCUCAAGCUGCGGGACUAUAUCCCCAGGUUGUUCUCCACGCCAGGGAUCUGGUUCAGGCUCUUUCGAGCAAGCCGAAUACCCUCCUUUCCCUAACCACCUGUUUUAUCCCAGCCCACCCUCUGCCUUUAUCACUCAUCUAGUCUAUCUGGACAACUCGACAAUACCAGUAGAUAAAAUUGCCAUCCAAAAAUUAGGUAUACAGCCAAUAUGUAUCCGCGGAACCCUUUCCGGCACAGGAGAACCUGUCUAUGAUGAAACCGCGGUUUCCAACAUAAUUCGACGCAUUGUACAUAGUUGAACCACAUACACACACACACACACAUACAUACAUACAUACAUACAUACAUACAUAAUUACAUACCUACAUACAUACAUAAUAGCAUAUCUUAUUCAUUUAUCUUUCGCCUUUCUCUUUAUCUAUAUGUCUAUCUUUAUACUUAUACUUAUACCUAUAUCUUUAUCUACAUCUACCUCUUUUUCUUUAUCACAAACAAAUAAAAAAUAGAAGCAGGUUCGCAU